UAUUGUCGACAAGUCCGAUCCCCACCACCACCGCAGUCGCAGACCCUUUAGAUACGCAACGCACACACGCGAUCACAACAUUACUGUAUUAUACAUAUAUUUAAAUGUAUAUAUACUAGUAACCGUAUAUAUAUAUAUAUAUACAUAUUUUACACGGACCGACCGUCCCGUUUCUUCGUACGGGUCCAUCCCGCACCGACCGAUUACCGUUUUAGGUCAUUUACAAGUGCAUUAUCGCCCAACGCCGUACUAGUCCGGACUUAGCAUUUAUUAUAACGUAGCUUCUGCCGCCGCCUCUAGCCAAUCGUUUGCACCGCCACCGCGCCCGUCCACGACAACGACUACGACGACGACGACGACGACAGAGUACAAACAUUAUCAAUAUCCAACGUGCUCGUGAUAUUUCGGUCAGUGAACGCGAUACCUACCCGAUAGUAUUAUUAUUGAUCAUUAUUAUUAUUAUUAUUGUUAAUCACGAUCAUCCAUCCCGUUUGCAUCGCGCAAGUGCUCGUUCCUCGAAACUGUUUAAGAACAUUUGAAUAGAUGCCCUAUUGAAGUUCAUUGUAACAUAAAAAAUACUUAGUUAAUUUUAUUGACAUGGAGACUACAUCUACCGUGUCAGAAGAACCUUCUGUUGAUAAGACUACUCAGCAAAAUAAUCAAAAAGAUACAUCGUGUGUAUCUAGUACAGUUACAGAAUCUUUGCCCAAACAAGCAGAUGUUGCUGAUAGCACAUCUGUAGCCACUCAAGCUUCAGAGUUAGAUAUAGCAGAUUCAAAUCAUCCGUCUAAUGAAAAGAACCGUAAAAAAAAAGAUCGUCAUUUAGCUCAAGCAUUGAAAACUGUUUUGAAUAGUAUGAAUUCUUUAAAUACACCAGAAGAAAAAUUAGCAGCAUUAUGUAUUAAGUAUGCAGAUCUUAUGGAAGAAAACACUAAGCUAAAAACUGCUUAUAAACAAACUGAAAAAAGGGUAUCUCAAGCAUUAACAGAACGUGAUAUAGUCAGAGGUGAAAUGAAUAAAGCAGUUAUGACAAGAAGUCGAUUGGAGAGUUUGUGUAGGGAAUUGCAGAAACAAAAUAAAGCAAUAAGAGAAGAGAGUCUGAAACGUGUUAAAGAAGCUGAAGAUAAACGCAUGGAAAUGACAAAUAAAUUUCAAAACACAUUAAGUGAAAUAGCUUCAGUAAUGCAACAAAAUAGUGAGAAAAACAACAAGCUUCGAGAUGAUAAUAUGGAUAUGUCUUCUAGGCUUAAGAAUGUGUGUGAACAAUAUGAGCUUAGAGAACAGGUAAAUGGCGCUCAAGUAGUUAAGUUAGCUAAACAAAUUGAGCUUGAGACUCAAUUAUGUGAUGCUAAGCUGGCCAAAGCAAAUAUGGAAAUCAGUGUAGAACGAGAAACUAUUUUAAAUGAGAAGACUCAUUUAUUAAAGGAAAUACGACUCUAUCAAACCAGAAUUGAGGAAAUGCAAAAUACUGAAAUAGACUUGCGAAACCAAAUUUCCCUGUAUAAUGAAAAAUACGAAGAAUUUCAAAAUGCUCUAGCACGAAGCAAUAAAGUUUUUGCUGGAUUUAAAGGAGACAUGGAAUUAAUGUCAAAAAAAAUAGUUAAACAAGAAAAAGAGUCUGCUAGUUGGAAAAUGCGUUAUGAGCGCUGUCAGCAACUUUUAGAUGAAAUGACCACUGAACGUACUAGAAUGAUAAGUGAUUUAUCUGUAGCAACUCGACAAUUGAGUACCUUACAAAAAUUAUGUCGAACUCUUCACUCUGAACGACAGGCACUUUUAUCUAAGUUGGAACAUGGUAAAAAAAUUCCCGAUUUGCCAUCAGAUGUUACAUCUGGGGAAAUAGUUGAACGCAUGACGGAGGCCGGCAUGUGUGCAAUGGCGGAAUGGUUUACACGCUCAGAAAAUACAAAAUCUAAACCGGAUCAAAUAAAAGAGAUACUACAGUCAAAAGCAAUGCUACAGUCAAUUAUUGAAACUUCUCUAUUUUCCAAGGACUCAGCUGAGCAGCCACCUCUUACAAAUGGAGAAGAAAUGUCGCCAGAAUCACCUUCAUCAUCUCAAUCACCUACGUCAGAUGAACCUGCCUAUGAUACCGGUGUAAGCAGUAGUUCUUCAGUUAAUGGAGAUAAAGUAGAAUGUGUCGUUGAAAAUAAUGUUGAAAAUAAGUCAGUUGAUGAUCAAGAGUCCAAAAAGACUGACAUUAAAAAGGGCAAGGAAACUCAAUCGAAACGGAAGGCUAAGAAAACGUAGUAAUUUUUGUCUUUAUUUUAACACGUAGUAGUUCACUAAUACUAAAUUUAUGAGUUGAAACUGCCAACUGUAUUUGUGAAACAGUGGAUGUUUCUUAUAAGCAAAAUUUUUAUUGUUAUUUUAUUUUCAAGUCAUUAUUUAUCUAAAGAUUAUUACCUGUAAACGGUUUUAAUUUUGGAUUAAAUUAAGCUAUAUAUUGAAUACAUGAAAACAAACAUUUUAUUAUUAAUUAUUAUAAUGGUAUUUAUUUAUACAUUGUAAUUAUUGUAAUAUCUAUCAUCAUUUAUUUAUAUAGCUUUGCCAAUUUUGCUUUUAUCAUAAAAUAAAAAACAAAUAAUAAAGAAUAUUAUUUAAACAAAACAAA